UCUGACUAAGACCGCGAGAGAGACAACUGAUGAAAUACGGAGUGGGAGGCUGAGGAGACAAAUUAAGUCUGGAUCGUUACUUACUUAUAGUAACUUACUUGUCGGUUAGAGUAGGAGCACAGAGUGUCAGAGAGAAAGACAGAGAACGAGAAAGAGAGAGAGGGAAAGAAAGAGGGAGAGAAAGUUUGUGGAAACAUUCCAUGGGACUUGGUGAGAGUGAGAGAAAGAGUGAGGUGAAACACUGAUAAAUUCAAUUGGAAGUUUAAGGUGCUGCGCUUCCUAUCAGCGGAACAGGGAGCCGGAGAGACUUGGAAAAGACGGAAACUUUGAAAUCUUGAAACUAAAGUUCCUCAGUGAUCGACUUUGAGAAGAUCUUGAUAAGGAAGAUGUCUCGUCCACAAAUCUUCCUCCUCCUUCUGUGUUGUCUUCCCCUGGCAGCCGCUCUGCGCUGCUACACCUGUGUGUUCCCCGCCAUCUCUCCUCUGGACUGCCUCAAGUUCCCGCAGGAGUGCCCAACAGGACAGCGCUGCCUGGCUAGCACGGCUGUCGGCACCCGAGGUGCGCUGCGUGUGGUGCUGUACGAGAAGAGCUGUGCCAUUCCUGCCCAGUGCGGCCGGAGCGGGGAGAAGGAGACGGCCGGCCUGCACUUCAACUACACGAACGAGUGCUGCGACGUGGACCUGUGCAACGCAGCAGCGAGGCCGUCUGUCCUGGGCUGGACAGGAGCCGUCCUCUGUCUGCUCCCUGCACUGCAUCUGCUGCUGCUGUGAGCAGGCGCAGGAGGCUGCUGGGGUUCUGCUGGGUUCCACUACAACCUGCUGAGGUUCUACUGGGUUCCACUACAACCUGCUGAGGUUCUGCUGGGCCCCACUAGAACCUGCUGAGGUUCUACUGGGUUCCACUACAACCUGCUGUGGUUCUGCUGGGCCCCACUAGAACCUGCUGAGGUUCUACUGGGUUCCACUACAACCUGCUGUGGUUCUGCUGGGCCACACUAGAACCUGCUGAGGUUCUACUGGUUUCCACUAGAACCUGCUGAGGUUCUGCUGGGCCACACUAGAACCUGCUGAGGUUCUACUGGGUUCCACUAGAACCUGCUGUGGCUUCGUAGGGCCUCACCAGAUGAGGGUGUGCUCGGAACCCGAUGUGAAAUUUACUAACCUGAAUGUAUCUGUCUCACUACCAGAUCUGGUGCAGUUUUGCAGGAACACACACACACACUCACACAGAAUGCACACACAUGCACACACUCACUCGCAAUGCACACAUACACAACACUGGAGGUGUGUGUUUUCACUUUCCUUCUCAAAGACUGUGUGUCGUUGGAAUAUACCGACAUGUUGAUCAUAUGUACCAUAUAUAAUAAUAACAAUAUGUUUAAUUUUUAUAGCGCCUUUCCGGAGCUCAAGAACGCUCAAGGACAGUACAAUAAAACUAAAACAUGGACAAACACUAAAUGUAAAAAGCACCAAGCAAUCAAACACUAAAAUGGAACAGAGAAAAUACAUAGCAACAGAUUAGGACAAAUAACAUUGCGAAAACAGGUAUGUAUAUAUCAAACCACAGUUCAAAGAACUGUUAACAUGUCUGUUUAAUGUGUAACAUUGUUUCUCAAUGGUGCUGUAGUUUUUAGGAGACCACAGUAAGGUUUUUUUAAUCAAAUUUUUACUGUAGUUUAUUGAUUGAUUUAUUGUGAGUUGUAAAAAAAUGAUUGAGCAGGAGACAAAUUUCCAAUUUUGUUUUUGUAAUUUAACAAAAUGACUAAAUGUAACAUCUUUAUUAAAAGUUUGGGAAACGUCUUUAAGAGAUGGUUAAAAACAAGAUAAAAAAUAAGAUUUGAUUGUAGUUAUUAUUCACCUAAAAAAGUUGACCCUGCAACAGAAGGUCACACAAGGGCCUAUAACCAGAGUAAGGGAAUACGUUACAUACUAGGGAAGCAGCAAAAUACAGGUUAAGAGAGGUGAACAAAUAAUGAAACCGAGAGAGAGAAUUAAACAAAGGAAGAAAAACAAAAGGAAAAUGAAGUGUCAGGGAGUGUGCGCUAACCAAGAAGAAGUUAAGAGCCGUAUAAAAGUCCCUGAAGUGACGUCAUAUCUAGUCUUACAGUAUAAUAAAGUCGAUAUAACCGGUACAAAGAUAACUAAAAUAAAACAACAGCUUUGAAAUUCUACAGACUUGGUCCCUUUCAACACAUAGCUGUUAACAGCAGAGCUAGAGGUAAUUGCCCAGUUAAAGUUGGCCUUGUUGUACAGAUAUUUAUUACUAACUGCAGCAACAGAUGUAACAGUCAUGCCAGUGGCUGGAUUGGACAACAUGUUAUGGGUCAACAGGGUGUUCUUAUGUCCCAUAUUGUUUUGUAAAA